UUAUUUCACCUUUAUUUAACCAGGUAGGCUAGUUGAGAACAAGUUCUCAUUUGCAACUGCGAUUAUUAUCUGGCCAAGAUAAAGCAAAGCAGUGUGAACAGACAACACAGAGUUACACAUGGAGUAAACAAUUAACAAGUCAAUAACACAGUAGAAAAAAAGGGGAGUCUAUAUAUAAUGUGUGCAAAAGGCAUGAGGAGGUAGGGGAAUAAUUACAAUAUUGCAGAUUAACACUGGAGUGAUAAAUGAUCAGAUGAUCAUGUACAGGUAGCGAUAUUGGUGUGCAAAAGAGCAGAAAAGUAAAUAAAUAAAAACUGUGGGGAUGAGGUAGGUGAAGAUGGGUGGGCUAUUUACCAAUAGAUUAUGUACAGCUGCAGCGAUCGGUUAGCUGAUGUUUGAAGUUGGUGAGGGAGAUAAAAGUCUCCCAACUUCAGCGAUUUUUGCAAUUCGUUUACCGGUUACUCCGUGCAAACCUCCACCCUCCCAAAAAAAACAUGAACUCUGACAUCGUGGCUACCCUCUCCUUACUCAUCAACUCCAGGUGUGACGCCAUUGAGAAAAUGGUAGGUGCGAACACCAUGGUUAUCGAAAGCUUGAAAAAGACUGGAGUUUGCAUGUGGUGAUAUCAAGGAUGUGAAAAUGAGAGUGGCAAAAGUUGAAAAAAGUGUGGAAAGGAAUAACAAUGUCUACCAUAGACGUCUCACUGAUCUGGAACAAUACACAAGAAAAUGGAACCUGAGACUACGGCUUGCCAGAGGUGGAGAAUGAAGAUGUGAGAGGAGAGGCUAUCCGUAUCUGUCAAGAAGUUUUGUCUGCAGAGAAGAACAAAGUUGGUGAUACCAUCGACGUUGUGCAUCGCCUCGGCAAGAAACAACAGAAAAACGAUUCAAGACCAAGGGGUAUCAUCAUCCUCUUCACUGCCAGAUUCUACAGGGAUGCUGUCUGGAAAGCUACUAGGAAGAACGCCUUCCUUCAGAGCCAUGGUCUGCGUUUCACCGAGCAUCUCAGCCCGGAGGACAUAGAAAGAAGGAACAAGUUGUGGUCAACGAUCAAGAUAGCACGAAAUGAGGGAAAGGCUGCUUACUUCAUCGGAGGACGAGGCUUCAUCAACGGUUCAGAAAUCCAUAUUCCUCCCUAAAAUCUCACCAGAAGGAACAGGUUGAUGGUUUCAGCCAUGGUAUUCUCAUUUUCCUUAUGUGGUUUACCUAACAAGCAUCAGGACCUCCAACAGCCGAAGCUAAGUAGUAACAUUAACAUGAUGCCUUCUAAUUGCAGCCGCUGUGCUCGCCUUACGGCGAGGAUAGCUGUACUGCAAGCCCAGCUUCAGACGCAAUCGUUAGGCAAGGGUAAUUUCAGUGUAGGAAAGGAUGAAACAGCGUCUGUGCCACCAGUAAGUGCAGAUAGUAGUAUAAAUCCCCUGGCACAGUCCCCGCAGCCGGACAACUUUCUCACGGUUUCUGGAAGGAAAUGCUGUAGGAACGCUCAACCGGUGUCGCUCAUUCAGCAGACAGAAACUUUCAACCGGUUUUCCCCAUUAAGCAGCGGGUCGGUGUCAGAGGCCGAGUCUUCUCUGGUCUCUACUCCUCCCGUUACGGGGUCUGAGACGCCGAAGCUUCCCACCAUUAGCUCUGACAAAUUGAAAACUCUAGUCAUUGGCGACUCCAUUACCCGCAGUAUUAGACUUAAAGCGAAUCAUCCAGCGAUCAUACACUGUUUACCCGGGGGCAGGGCUACCGACGUUAAGGCUAAUCUGAAGAUGGUGCUGGCUAAAGCUAAAACUGGCGAGUGUAGAGAGUAUAGAGAUAUUGUUAUCCACGUCGGCACCAACGAUGUUAGGAUGAAAAAGUCAGAGAUCACCAAGCGCAACAUAGCUUCUGCGUGCAUAUCAGCUAGAAAGAUGUGUCGGCAUCGAGUAAUUGUCUCUGGCCCCCUCCCAGUUAGGGGGAGUGAUGAGCUCUACAGCAGAGUCUCACAACUCAAUCGCUGGUUGAAAACUGUUUUCUGCCCCUCCCAAAAGAUAGAAUUUGUAGAUAAUUGGCCCUCUUUCUGGGACUCACCCACAAACAGGACCAAGCCUGACCUGCUGAGGAGUGACGGACUCCAUCCUAGCUGGAGGGGUGCUCUCAUCUUAUCUGCCAACAUAGACAGGGCUCUAACUCCUCUAGCUCCACAAUGAAAUAGGGUGCAGGCCAGGCAGCAGGCUAUUAGCCAGCCUGCCAGCAUAGUGGAGUCUGCCACUAGCAUAGUCAGUGUAGUCAGCUCAGCUAUCACCAUUGAGACCGUGUCUGUGCCUCGACCUAGGUUGGGCAAAACUAAACAUGGCGGUGUUCGCCUUAGCAAUCUCACUAGGAUAAAGACCACCUCCAUUCCUGUCAUUACUGAAAAGAGAUCAUGAUACCUCACAUCUCAAAAUAGGGCUACUUAAUGUUAGAUCCCUUACUUCAAAGGCAAUUAUAGU